AUGUCAGAAUCCAAUUCAUUAGACCAGUCCGUCGCCAGUGUCAACUCCAAAGAUGCAAGCAAUACGGCGAUCUCUACCAGCAAGGAUGCCACCAACAAUACCAAGACUGUUGCUCGCUUCACAGUAGAGCCAGGCUUGGCUGAUUAUGGCGCAGUGGAGGGUGAGAAGAUAGAAGGUAUCAGCACCAAUGUCGAGGGAGACGCUGCACUAGCGUGGGAAGAAGAAGAGGUAGAUGAUGAUGUGCACACAGCACUUAUCAAUGAGAUGUGUGGCUCUGAAAAUCAGAUGGCUCCUACUUUGCGGUAUGUGUGA